AUGGAAGGGGAACAGCCAGAAGAGGUCGUGCAAAGAAAGUGCACCAAAACCUCUACAGCAGCCCAUCGGAAAGGCAAAGAACCCUUAGAGGAGUCCACCAGUGUACUGGAAGUAGAAAACGCAGGUGACAAACAGCCUGGUGAAGUAUCUCCACAAGACUCAAAUGAGGUGCUUGAUAAACGAACUUUAGAAGAGAUUUUGGGUAGCAUUUCUCCUCCCCCACCUCCAGCAAGGACCAAUGAAGCUGGUGCUCCUCGUCUCAUCAUAUCUCAUAUUGUAAACCAGAACUUCAAAUCCUUUGCAGGGGUGCAAACCUUGGGACCUUUUCAUAAGCAUUUUUCAUGUAUUAUUGGGCCAAAUGGCAGUGGAAAAUCCAAUGUCAUUGAUUCAAUGCUUUUUGUGUUUGGAUAUCGAGCACAAAAAAUCAGAUGCAAAAAACUCUCUGUGCUGAUCCACAAUUCUGACAAACAUACAGACAUCCAGAGUUGUUCAGUGGAAAUUCACUUCCAAAAGAUCAUUGACAAGGAAGGAGAAGAUUACGAAGUCAUUCCUAACAGCAAAUUUUGUAUAUCUAGAACUGCCUAUAGAGAUAAUUCUUCUGUCUACUACAUCAAUGGGCAGAAAAAGACAUUCAGAGAUGUUGGUAUUCUUCUUCGAAGCCAUGGGAUUGAUCUGGACCAUAACAGGUUCUUAAUUUUACAGGGGGAAGUUGAGCAAAUCGCAAUGAUGAAACCAAAAGGCCAGACAGAACAUGAAGAAGGCUUGCUUGAAUUCUUAGAAGACAUAAUAGGAUCUGCACGACUUGUAGAUCCUAUCCAAGCUCUAUGUCACAGAGUAGAGAUUUUAAAUGAACAGAGAGGAGAAAAGUUAAAUAGAGUUAAAAUGGUGGAAAAAGAAAAGGAUGCCUUGGAAGCGGACAGGAAUAAAGCCAUUGAAUUUCUUUCUUUGGAAAACAAAAUGUUUAAAGAAAAGAACCGUAUCUGUCAAUACUAUGUCUACGACCUAAAGAAACGACUAAAUGAUAUGGAACUGCAGAAAGAAAAAGUUAAUGAAGAAACAAAAGAUCUUAAUGAGAAGAGCAGUAAACUUUCAAAUGAAAUUAGAACCAGGAAUAAAGCUUUGAAAGAACUUGAAAAGAAAUGCAGUAAAAUUGCAAAGUGUGUAGACGAAAAUAAAGAAAAAUUUACUCAGUUGGAAUUGCAGGAUAUCAAAGUAAGGGAGAGUUUAAAAUUUGUCAAAAGCAAGGCCAAAACCCUGGAGAAGCAACUCCAAAAGGACAAAGGAAAGGUAGAAGAAUUGAAAAAUGCAGCGUCCAAUAGUGAAAAAGCUAUCAGUGAAGCCACAUCUAAGAAGGAGCGUCUUGAAGAGACAAAAAAGAAAGAGGAAGAAAAGCUCCAGGAGGUUAUAAAUAGCUUUAAGAAUGAGACAAAAGAACUUCGGGAAGACAAAGAGAGCAAAGAAAGAGAGCUUCUGGAGUUCUGUACAACAGUAAAUGAAGCACGUUCAAAGAUGGCUAUAGCCCAGUCAGAGCUUGAGAUCUAUCUCUGCAGUCAUAAUACUGCUAUGUCUCAUUUAAAUGAGGCAAAGGAGUCUCUGAUGACUACUUCAGAAACUAUUAAGCAAAGGAAAGCUGCUAUCAAGGAUAUAGAUGCAAAAUUACCCCAGGCUGAACAGGAACUAAAAGAGAAAGAGAAUGAGCUUGAGAAGAUGGGAAGAAAAGAAUCAGAUGUUAACAGUCAUGUUCGAAAUCUGCGUCAAAAAGUAGAAGAAGCCAAAAGUUCUUUAGCGCUAAGUGUCAGUCGGGGAAAAGUGCUUGAGGCUCUACUUCAGCAGAAGAAAUCUGGAAAUAUUCCUGGACUAUAUGGAAGACUGGGAGACUUGGGAGCUAUCAAUGACAAGUACGAUGUUGCUAUUUCAUCAUCUUGCAGUGCCUUAGACUACAUUGUUGUUGAUACAAUUGAUACCGCACAGGCAUGUGUGAAUUUCUUAAAAGCAACAGGAGCUGGGUUUGCCUCGUUUAUAGCCCUGGACAAAAUGGCUGUGUGGGAAAAAAACACUCAAAAAAUCUCAACUCCUGAGAAUACUCCUCGGUUGUUUGAUCUGGUGAAAGUAGAAGACGAGAAGGUUCGGCUGGCUUUUUACUUUGCGUUACGUGACACCCUAGUAGCUAAUGACUUGGAAGAAGCUACCAGAAUAGCAUUCCAAAAAGAUAAAAGAUGGAGGGUGGUAACACUGCAAGGACAAAUCAUUGAACAGUCAGGAACAAUGACUGGUGGUGGUAAAGUAAUGAAGGGCAAAAUGGGUUCCUCAGUAGUAAUGGAUGUUUCAGAAGAAGAGGUCAAUAAAAUGGAAUCUCAACUGCAGAAGGAUUCUGAAAGAGCAGCACAGUACAUGGAAGAGAAAAUUCAACUUGAAGAAACCAUAAGCGAACUGCGCCAAAAUACUCAGGAAAUGAGAUAUACUUUAGAAAAGUAUGCAGCAAGUAUCAAGGGUUUAUCUGAACAUGAAAAUUUUCUGAAAAAACGAGUUAAGGAACUUGAAGCAGAUGUAGCUGCUGCUGCUCCGGACAAAAUGAGACAGAAGGAAUUGGAAAAUAUCUUUAAUAAUUAUAAAAAAGAUUAUGACAGUGUUGCUGAGAAAGCUGCUAAAUUAGAAAAUGAAAUUGAACGAUUGCAUAACCUCAUACUUGAGAUCAAUAAUCGUAAAUUUAAAGCACAGAAAGACAAACUUGAUAAGAUUGACAAAGAAAUAGAUGAAUGUACUUCAGCUAUUACUGCAGCCAAAGUGGCGGUCAAGACUGCAAACAGAAACCUGAAAAAAGCCGAAGAGUCUGUUCUUCGCACGGAGAAGGAAAUUGAGGAUAAUGAGAAAGAAAUGAAAAACUUAAACGAAGAGAUGACCACGAUAGAAGAGAAAGCUACUGAGGCUAUAAAUAACCGCACACAAGCUGAAGAAGCAUUGCCAGCACUUCAGGAGGAGCACCACAACUUACUCCAGGAGAUUAAAGCUAUUCAGGAUGAUGAACACGCACUUCGAAAGGCAGCACUUAAUAUUAAGCUGAAAAUUGAACAAGUUGAUAGUUGUAUUUCUGCACACCAGUCAAAGAUUAAAUACUGGCAAAAAGAGAUGUCAAAAUUAUCACUGCACCCCAUAGAAGAGAAAGCACCUGAAACACUUCCAGUACUAAGUCAAGAAGAGCUUGAGGCUAUCAAGGAUCCAGAUGUUAUCACUAAGCAAAUAGCUCUCCUGGAAGCCCAGUGUCAGGAAAUGAAACCCAACCUUGGUGUUAUUGAAGAAUAUAAGAAGAAGGAAGAGCUAUACUUGAAACGCGUGGCUGAAUUGGAUGAAAUCACUGAUGAGAGAAACCGGUUCAGACAAGCUUUUGAAGAUCUUAGGAGACAAAGACUAAAUGAAUUUAUGGCAGGAUUUACUGUAAUAGCAACUAAACUGAAGGAAACCUAUCAGAUGCUUAAUUUGGGAGGAGAUGCUGAAUUAGAAUUUGUGGACAGUCUGGAUCCCUUCUCUGAGGGAAUCUGGUUUAGUGUUCGGCCACCAAAGAAAAGUUGGAAGAAGUUAUUUAAUUUAUCAGGAGGAGAGAAAACUCUUAGUUCACUGGCUUUAAUCUUUGCUCUUCAUCAUUACAAGCCAACACCACUUUAUUUUAUGGAUGAGAUUGAUGCAGCGCUUGACUUCAGAAAUGUAACUAUAGUAGCGCAUUACUUAUAUGAGCAAACAAACAAUGCACAGUUCAUCAUCAUCUCCCUGCGAGAAAACAUGUUUGAGAUUGCAGACAGAUUAAUUGGAAUUUAUAAGACCAACAAUACCUCAAAAAGUGUGGCAAUAAACCCCAAACUCAUUGCAGCUAAAGGACUGGCUGAACUCGCUGCUCAUGAGGAAACUACAGCUCAAAACUAG